GGCGAUGGCCCUCCCCGGAAUCUCGAUUGGCCACCACCUCUUCUCCCCCGUCCCCUCCCCUCCCCUCCGUUCCCCACGCAGCCACCCCGCUCCUCCUCUCCCCCGCUCCCCCUCCUUUCCCCCCCCUCCAGCCUCGCGCCUCACCGCGUACCCUCCCACCUCGCGGGCCGCCCCACCACCCCCUCGCGUCGCCGCAUUUCCGAGCUCCUCCUUCCUUCCUCCCUUGCCUGCCCCCUGUAGAAAGCAGUGCGCAUCCUCCCCUCUCCCCUCCGCCCGCCCUUUCACCAGACUCUCCCGGGACAGGAAGCUGGAUUCUUUCUCAAUGUCGUCGCAUCGUAAUGUCGACCCCGAGGACCUCUACCUCAAAAUGGAGUGCAUCGGCAAGGGGUCCUUUGGCGAAGUCUUCAAGGGUGUCGACAAAGCCACCAACACCCUCGUAGCGAUCAAGAUCAUCGACCUCGAGGCGGCCGAGGAUGAGAUCGAGGACAUCCAGCAGGAGAUCGCUGUCCUCGCGCGCAUCGAUUCUCCCUAUGUGACCAAGUACUUUGGGUCCUUCCUCAAGGACUCGGAUAUUUGGAUUGUCAUGGAGUAUCUCGGUGGCGGUUCAUGUCUUGACCUCAUGAAGCCCGGGCCGUUUGACGAGGUUUUUAUCGCUAUCGUCCUUCGGGAGCUCCUCCGCGGUCUGGAGUACCUUCAUGACGAGGGGAAGCUCCAUCGCGACAUUAAGGCCGCCAACAUCCUCCUUUCAACCAAUGGCGAUGUCAAGCUGGCGGACUUCGGUGUGUCCGGACAGCUGUCCGCGACCAUGUCCAAGAAGAAUACCUUCGUUGGAACCCCCUUCUGGAUGGCGCCGGAGGUGAUCAAGCAGUCUGGCUAUGACCAGAAGGCUGACAUCUGGUCGCUCGGCAUCACGGCCAUCGAGCUGGCCAAGGGUGCCCCCCCUCAUGCCGAGCUCCAUCCGAUGCGUGUGCUCUUCCUGAUCCCCAAGUCCGAGCCGCCGCAGCUGGAUGCCUCCUUCAGCAAGCCCUUCAGGGAGUUUGUGUCCCUCUGUGUCCAGAUGGAUGCGGAUAAGCGCCCGACCGCCAAGGACCUCCUCAAGCAUAGAUUUAUCCGUUCCGCCAAGAAGACCUCGUACUUGACCGAACUGAUUGAGCGUCAUCAGCGCUGGCAGCUGGAGACCGGCGAUCAGAACCGCUCUUCCGACGAGGGUUCCGACGAUGGAACCGACUGCUCGGACGACGACAACCUCCACUCUUCAGGAGAGGACGGUUCCGAGUUCGAGGAGGAUGGCUGGGACUUCGGCACGGUCAACUUCAAGACUGCCACCUCCCUUGGUCUCAUCUGAAGUGCCCACAGCAGCUGUGCAGCCGUGCAUAUGCACAUGCUGCACGUUACCCCCUCCCCCUGUCCUCGUUGCCCCUUCUCUUCUCGUUCGCCCCCCCCCCCC